UUUCAAGCAUCCAUUUUUUUGAUCCAGACUUCUACCACUCUGUCAUGCUCUACAGUAAACUUUUGAUAAUAUUUUACUGAUUGCAUUUUCCACUCAACAUACUUUGUUUCUGGUGGCAUUGGACUACCGGUAUGCCUUGGGAAAAUUGUUCUAUAUAUGGAUGUAAUACAACUCGCCAUAUCAGAGGUGUGGGAAUAUUUAAGUUACCGAGCGAUUUUAAAAAACAAUCUUCGUGGAGGAAAAGAAUAAUUAAGGUAUUACAAGGUCGUGAAGGUGAUGCAGAACUUCAGGAACAUAUACAAAAUGGAACAAUACGAAUAUGUGAAAAACAUUUCAGGACUAGCGAUGUUGAAACCUAUACUCUUCCAGAGGUAGAUCCUCCCAGAAGACGCUUAGUACGGGGAUCUAUACCAUGCAGGUUUCUUCCACCUAAAUUAUUGUCACCACAGUCGCUUUCUUCGUUGGAUGAAUCAUCUAAUACAAAACAUGACAGAUCGAUAGAUAUGUUGGAAAUGCAAUACCCUAAGAAUAAGGAUAAUUAUCGGAAUAAACAUAAGCUACAUCAAUUUACGAAGACUGCUGUUAUAAAACCAAAGAAAUUUCGAAGUUUUGGGGUAGACACUAAUGAGCAGAAAGAGACCAGGAAUUUUUGUUGUCAAAUUGGUAAAAGUUUUAUUAAGCGACCAAGCGAAGAAAGCUGAAAAAGUUUUUUAUUGCCUCAUUUUGAGAAUAAUAUGUUCGGUUCCCUCGUAGCAAGCAGGAAAUUAAUCUGGCGAAAAAGACCAAUUGUUGUAAACAUCCUAAAGGGCUGCGAUGAUACCACGUAAGAAGCCUCAUUCUCAGCGAUUAAGUGUGGAUUUAAAAACAUCAGCCACUAGCAAGCUGUAGAAUCCUGUAUAUGCAAAAUUAAUGCUCUUAUUUUGAAGCGGGAUUGGAUGACUAAUAUUCUCGUUUCAUGCACAAAGUCUGUAUACCAAUGAGUUUCUGUAUCACAACCUUUUUCAUUGUUUAUUUUCAUUAUUUAUUUGAUUGAACUACUUUAGAUGUGCAUUUGAUGACUUUUACAAUAAGUAAGUCUUCACUGUUA